AUGAUACCCACUCUGCUGCUGACCCUCCUGGGCAUCACCCUCCAGCUUCAGCCCCGGGUGCAGGCCCUGGUCUGCCAGAGUGGGACCUACGAGUCAGUGGUGAAUAGAUCAGACCAGUUCAUUCAAUGGACCGCGGGCAAGACGUACUGUUCCGAGUCCAGUGACGCAUGCCAGGACACGCUGCUGUUCAUUGAGAAUGGACCUCUGGUGAAGCUGGUGCUCAUCAAGGGCUGCACGUGGACACCACUUCAGGAAGCUCGCGUCACCACACACAAGGCAGACCUCAGCCUCUCCUUCGUAUCCUAUACUCGUGUGUGCAGAGAUGACCUCUGCAACGAUCUCUCCAGCACCCUGCCACUCUGGAAUCGGGUGCCCUCCACAGUUCCAGGAUCUGUACAGUGUCCAUACUGCUUGUCUCCAAGAGGCUGUCUGUCCCCUCCGAUGAUGACCUGCCCAGUGGGGACCUCGCAUUGCUAUGAUGGGGUUCUCCAUCUUGGUGGAGAGUUCAUCGCCCACAAACUGAGAAUCCAGGGGUGUCAGUCCCAAGCUGGCUGCAACCUGCUCAAUGGCACUCAGGAGAUCAACUCCCUAUCCCUGCGGGAGUCCUGUCAGCCUAGUGAGUUCCUGACUUGUCAUCGAGGGGCCCUGAUACAGCACAACAGAAUUCUGGUGGCCUGGAAGACGGAUGAGAUUGAGAUGUGCAAUGAGGGGAGGGUGUGCCAGGAAUCCCUCCUGCUCAUAACCACGGGCUCCAGCACGUUAAUACUGGGGAGCAAAGGUUGUGCCGAACAGAAAGACCCGCUUUCCCAGAAGAAAAUCUUGGUCCACUCGAGGCCCCCCGGAGUGCUGUUCGCCUCCUACUCGCAUUUCUGCAACAGCAGUGGCUGUAACGACGCAAACAGUAGUGAAAUCCUGCUGGACAGCCUUCCUGGGCCAGUCCCCCAGUCCCCUGGAAAUGUGAAGUGUCCCUCCUGUGUGAACUUCACUGGGCAGUGCCCAGAGGAACCAGAAGUUUUAAGGUGUCCCAAAAGCUCCUCCCACUGUUACCAAGGCUUCCUCAAGAUCAUCGGAGGCGAGCUGGAUUCUGAAAUCUAUGUCCAGGGCUGCAUGGACCAGCAUUCUACAACCUUGUUGAAUCGAACUCAAUUUAUCGGAAACUUACUUGUGAUUGAGAAUGAAAUUCAAAACAAAGCUGCCCCGAUCCUCUCCCUGGCAUGGUGUGGGUAG